AUGGGUAAUGAUUUCAUGGAUUGUCCAGAAUCAUAUAAGAGGAAAAAAAUAUGCUAUUCUUAUUUUCAUGAAAAGUUUAAUACGUACCCUCGUGCAGUUAACAUAGAACACGAGGAGUAUUUAAAUUAUAUUUACAAGUUCCCUGAUCCUAUUUUAAAAUAUGUAGCUUUAUAUUUUUAUAAUAAUUAUUCAAUUGCCGAAAAAUUUUUUAAUAAAAAAGAUCAAAAACGUCAUAAUGUAGCAUGUGCUGUUAUGAAUAGAUGGUUAAAUCAACAAAAAAGUUUCUACACUCACUUUGGGAAGUGCCAUGAUAACACACGCUGGUGGGAUAUUUAUAUUGAACCAUUAUGGGAAAAGCUAGAAGAAUAUUAUUCUGAAAGGGUAUGUAAAAGAUUUAAUUCAUAUUAUGAUAAACCAGCAGCUGGUGUGAUUUCCGAUAAAAAUGAAUGUUACAAACGAGAACCUGAAGAAUUUAUUUGUUAUGAUGAAUCAAAUUAUGAUAAUAGCACUCUUAAAACAAAUUGUGCUAAACUUAGUAUUUUAUUCUCCUUGUGUAAAGAUAACUCUCUACUUAAAGAUAGCACACAUAAUUCAACCAAACCUGAUUAUUGUCCUAAUGAUUAUAAAUAUGAAAAAAUUAACUAUACUUCUCUAUUAAAAACUGAAAAAUAUUGUGAUUGUCCAACACUAAUGAGUAACAUUUUUUUUCCAGUUUGUGUAACAAUUUUAGGAACAUUAUUUCUUGCUUUCUUUCUACUCAAUUUCACACCUCUUGGGCGAAUAUUCUCAAAUCGUGUUAUAAAUAAAAACAAUUUAAUUAAGUCUUUUAACGAAGAAUUAGUAUAUGAACAACAUGAAAGAUCUAGAAAUAAUAUUCCACAUUCUAGAAAAAGAUAUAAUAUAUAUUAG